AUGCAGGAGAUUGGAAUCGACUUGAAGCUGGAGGAGCCCACACUCCAGUCCCAAGUCUCAGAGAAGCAGGCAUUACUCAACAGUCUUCCCCAGGGUGACGAGGACUUAUACAGUACAUGGAGGCGUUUAGAAGCCCACCAGGACUUCUUGACACUCCAAGAGCAAUACAUCCGAAAUGAAACUCAGAACCUCCGGAGCGAGCUAUUGCGAGCACAAGAGGAAGUCAAGCGAAUCCAAUCGGUGCCCUUGGUCAUUGGACAGUUCCUCGAAGCUGUAGAUGACAAGCGUGGGAUCGUAGGAAGCACCACGGGCUCAAACUAUGUCGUUCGGAUCCUCUCGACGCUCGAUCGCGAGCUUCUCAAGCCAUCCUCAUCCAUCGCGUUACAACGUCACUCCAACGCGCUCGUCGAUAUUCUCCCUCCUGAGGCUGAUUCUUCCAUCUCGAUGCUUGGGGCGGACCAGAAACCCGACGUCAAGUACAGCGAUGUUGGCGGACUUGAUACGCAGAAACAGGAGAUCAGAGAGGCGGUUGAAUUACCCUUGGAGCAGAUGGAUCUGUAUAGGAAGAUUGGUAUUGAUCCUCCUCGUGGAGUGCUGCUUUAUGGACCGCCGGGAACGGGAAAGACCAUGCUCGUCAAAGCUGUCGCCAAUGCAACAAAAGCAUCCUUCAUCCGGGUGGUGGGAUCCGAAUUCGUGCAGAAAUACCUUGGAGAAGGCCCGCGAAUGGUUCGAGACGUAUUCCGUCUGGCUCGAGAAAACUCUCCCUGUAUCAUUUUCAUCGAUGAAGUGGAUGCCAUUGCUACGAAACGUUUCGAUGCUCAAACUGGAUCAGAUCGAGAAGUUCAACGUAUCUUGUUGGAGCUGUUGAACCAGAUGGAUGGAUUCGACCAGCAGACGACCGUCAAGGUCAUCAUGGCGACGAACCGUCAAGACACGCUUGACCCGGCGCUUCUGCGACCCGGUCGAUUAGAUCGAAAGAUUGAAUUCCCGCUACCGUCUCGUCGAGAGAGACGUUUGAUCUUCCAAACGGUCACAUCCAAGAUGAAUCUGGGACCAGAUGUGGAUCUCGAGGACUACAUAUCUCGACCCGAUCGGAUCAGUUCAGCAGAGAUCUCCUCAAUCUGUCAAGCGGCCGGUCUACAAGCCGUCAGAAAGAACCGAUACGUCAUCCUCCCUGUGGACUUUGAAGAAGCAUGGAAGGUAGGUCCGGGGUCGCAUCACUUCCGCCACUUCGGCUACCGCCGGCAAUAUCCCGCAAGCUUGAAAUUUGGCUGGAAGAAACGCUGA